AUGAGGGCCAUUCAGUGGGCGACUUUGAUAUCGGUCGCUUUCGCAGCGACGGACUCGUCUUCGUCGCGCCCGGAAAUCAGCGCCAACUCCACUACAGCUUCUUCGGCGGUGUCAUCACAAAAUGCCGGUGGAAAACCAGUAACCGGACUGGCAGCUUCGCUCCCCGAUGUCAUCCUCCCUAUACCAGAACCCACCGCGACGACGUCCUCCGCUGCUCCCAUUGGGAACUCUUCUGUAUCUUCUGCGACUCCGUCGCCGACCGCUACUGGAUAUGUCAACCCAUGGGAAGGAACCUACACGAAUCCACUGGAGCCCACAGGAACUGGCUUGGAAUAUGCGCUUCAGUGUCAGAAUGCGUAUUACAGCUGGACGUCAGUCAACACCGACUACAUCACGGCGUCAAAAACAUUGUACAACUUCACUUCGGUGAUCAGGAGCGAGACAGUCUAUGAAGUCCACACAUAUUAUACAACGUCGUAUUAUACACUGUGCGAUGGACAUCCCCGCGUCAUCACAUCUGAGCCCACAGCGACCUCAACCACGACCCUCCUUCCCUCGACUACCACGGUUUUGGCUCAGGGUGUCUGGUGGGCGUCCCUCAACGAGCCAAACUGCACUGUUGCGUUCGACGACUGCGAAAAGCUGUGGACCCGCUACUCGUCUGCCUCCGAGGUCUACCAAAGCGUGUCCUUUAGUAGCGCCAACACCAUCGUGUCUCUGGGACCAGGAGCCAGCUACUGGGUGGUCGAUGGAAAGACGACAACCUUCCCUACGCCCUUUCCGUCGAGGAUUUCACUAGGCGAUGAGUAUAUCCACAGAUCCAUUCCGGUCCAGCCUGGAUUGAGCAAUUAUAUCAUCGUCACGGACCCCCCUCCCGGGCAUCUGUACAUUGAUGAUGGCUACACCAUGACGGCUGGAGGUCCUCCUGUGACGAUUGAGCAUGUCAUCGACUUCACGAAUACGCCGUACACGCCCCACUGCCGCACCGAAAGACCCACCUGCACAGCAGGCUCGCGAUGCGAGAUUAGCGGCGACCGAGUAGAAAUCUACUUCUUCCCGCCUCCUGCGAAUGCAACACUUAACCGAGAUAUGUGUGCGCAGGAACCGGGGCCCUUCGCCACUACCAGGCCGCCCACCAACUACACCUGGACUCCCAUCACUACGGGGCCCUACACCGUUCUUCCGGGAAAUACAACUUGGUACUCGGGCAACAUCUACGUCUCGCUCAACCGCAUCAAAGCCGAAUGCAAAUGGUCCAACACCCCUGUGCCAGUGGGCGGCAAUUAUGGCGGCAGCAUCCUCACCAUGGCGCCCUCGGAGCUUUUCUCCCAGAGGGCGUACCUAUCCAAGUCCGAACCGUGGGACGCACGUGAGAUGGACUGGGAGCCGUAUGCGUACCCCUUCAAUACCGACGACCUCAUCUCGCCCUAUCCAUGGUCCGCGUGGAAAGGAACGCCGGAUUGCGUGUGGGAUGCUUGCACCAGCAUCAACGGUUCCUACAAUCCGUGGAUUGCCGUGCCUGAGGCGAUCCGCCGGCUGGACGAGAACUGGAAGACGUGCGACCUUGCCCUCCAUGGGCUAUAUGAUCCACCGAUCGCGCUGAGCACGGUGGGGAAUAUCUUCGUGACGCUGACGACGCUGGAGCCGAUGCCGCAGCCUACGCCAGGACAACAACCGCCGCUGAGCCAGGUCGAGCCCACGAGGUUGCCUCCGAAACCUACUGCGCCUAUGCUAGCGCCGGGUGACGUUCCGGGUCAGGGGCCCUCUCCAGAGGAUCCUCCGCUUCAGAAUAAUCCAGGGCAAGGGAAUCCGGCACAGCCGGGGCCCAACCCGCAGCCGGUUCCUGCUCCGACACCCACGACUAUCGGAACAGUGGGUGAUCAGCCCAUCGUCGUGAUUCCGCAGCCGACGAACCCAGCCUCAGGAGGGGAUCCCGCAAAUUCACCUGGGGGCGGCCCAGGAAAUGGCAAUGGUGCUCCAGGUCAACAGGAACCUCCUCCGGCCAUCGUCAUCGGCACACAGACCCUCCAACCUGGCUCCUCCAUCACCAUCCCCGGCGGCACCACCAUCGUCCUCCCUCCCGCCGACAACAACCCUGGGAAUGGCAACGGCAACGGCAACGGAAACCCCUCUGGGCCUACGCAAAUCAUCGUCCGGCCGCCCAACAACGCGGCCCCUUCAACCAUCAACAUUCCCGCUGGUGCUCUCAACCCGGCCCCCGCUCCCCCCGCCCCAACCACCAUUGGCGUCGUAGGCGGCAGCCCCGUCAUCCUCAACCCAGCGAAUCCCUCGCACAUUCACGUCGGGGGUCCCAAUGGCGGUGAUUUGCUCCUCGCGCCCGGUGUACCUGGAGUUGUCGUGGGUGGCGGAACGAGCAUUUCCAUGCUGAACCCGAGCGAGAUUUUGGUCAGCGCGCCGGGCCAGGGGGCGAGUACGUUGCACAUCCCGCCUGUUUUGCCGGCCGGAGCCACGCCGACGCAGGGCGUGGUUGUGACGAUGCCUGGCGGAGAGCAAGUGACGGCGACGGCGGUCUGGGGCCCUCAGGGAAGCAGUUUGGUAGUAGAUGGCACGAUGGUGGUUCCCGGGGGAGCGGCGGUGACGUUGGGAAAUGGCGUCGUUGUUAGCCAGGCGCCUGGUCAGCAGGGCGGGCUUGUGGUUGUGGACCCCGAGUCUGGGGCCACCAGUACACUUGCCAUUAGCUUUGUAGCGGGGCUGGGACAGGCUCAAACGACGGGGAGCGCGGUCUUGGGCGCUGUGGUCACGAUUGGCGGGAAGACGUACACGGCUCUGGAUCAGGGGAGGAGUGUUGUGAUUCCCGAGUUGGGGAUCACGCUCACUGAGGGGGGAAGCGCCAGUGUGGUUGCUGGGACGGUGUUGAGUGAUGGGGGUACGGGGAUUGUGGUGGCGGGGACGACGCAGACGUUCUCGAGUGUCUCGUUGGGUGGUGGUGGUGGAAAUGGAAAUGGGAAUGGGAAUGGGAAUGGGGGAGGGAAUGGGAGAGGGAAUGAGGCGCAAUCGGCCGUGACGUCGAAGAAGGGCGGGGCGCAGAGAAUAGGAGGGGAAGGGUUGAUGAUGUGGUGGGUUGGUGUUUGUGUGGCCGUGGGGGCUUUGGCGGUGGGAUUGUAG